UAUUGAUUAAUUAUUUUUAAAGUUUGAUAGUACCACAAUCGCAUUUGGAGUGCGACAAAACUUUAUUUUGAUUUUUGAAUGCUUAUAUAUAUGAACAUAUUUAGUGAUGUGGGGAUUUUCAGUGUUAAAUGUUGGUUGAGAGAAAGGGUGAUUGCAUUGCAUAGUCAGAGAGAGUUGUGAAUGUGUGAUCCAAAUCGCGGAUCGAGAUAGUAAUUAUUAAUGGUGGGCGGUGGUGUUGUGUGGGCGGUGUUAUUGUUCUCUCUGUGCACGCCGCGGAGGAGCGCGGCCAUUUGGUUGAAUCUGCCGCCCACCGCCACCAAAUGCGUCUCCGACGAGAUUCACAGCAACGUCGUCGUUUUGGCGGACUACGUCGUCAUCUCCGACGAUCAUCUCCACCCCACUCCCACCAUUUCCGCUGAGGUGACUUCUCCGUAUGGAAACACUCUGUAUCGGCAGGAAAACAUCACGCACGGUAAAUUUGCAUUCACGACUACUGAGGAUGGAAGCUACUUGGCUUGUUUCUGGGUCGAUGGACAUUACUCGGGCUCGGGGGGAUUAAGCAUCAACAUGGAGUGGAAAACUGGUAUUGCAGCAAGGGACUGGGAUUCGGUUGCAAGAAAAGAAAAAAUCGAGGGUAUCGAGCUUGAGCUCAGAAAACUCGAAGAGGCAGUCGAGACGGUCCAUGAAAAUCUUCUCCACCUUAAGACCAGAGAGGCAGAGAUGAGGACGACGAACGAAACUACAAAUCAUCGAGUUGCUCUCUACAGCCUCGUGUCACUCACAUUCUGCAUUGUAGUUUCUGCACUCCAGAUAUUGUACUUAAAGAGUUACUUCCAAAAGAAAAAGUUGAUUUAAAUGGAAUACUAUAGUACUAUUAGGAUAAUUGAGGUGUGUUUUAAGUA